AUGGCGAGAACUUCGACCGCCCCUCUUCUCGGCGGGAGGGAGACUCCCGUCUCGGCGCCCAAGAAGCCAUUGCCGCCUUUCCCCAAGAGACAGAUGUUUGUUCUUGCGCUGUGCCGUCUUUGCGAGCCGAUUGCAUUCAUGGGCAUCUUCCCAUAUAUCUACUUUAUGAUUCAGGAUUUCCACAUCACCGAGGACGAGAAGCAGAUUUCGUUUUAUGCCGGCCUGGUCACAUCAGCGUUUACAUUCGCUGAGUUUCUCACCGGCGUCUUCUGGGGCCGGCUCAGUGACAGGAUCGGGCGCAAGCCUGUGCUGAUGACGGGUCUCGCUGGUACCGCCUUGAGCGUGAUUAUGUUUGGCUUUGCUCCGAACUUGACCGUCGCGCUCAUCGCACGUGCCCUCGGCGGCAUUCUCAAUGGCAACAUUGGUGUCAUGCAGACGACCGUCGGUGAGCUUGUCAAGGUCAAGGAGCACCAUGGCCGUGCUUUCUCUGUGAUUCCCGCUGUUUGGUGCAUUGGCUCCAUGAUCGGUCCUGCCAUCGGAGGCGCCCUUGCCAGACCCUGCAUAUUCUACCCAAGCAUCUUUCGUCCUGGCAGCAUCUGGGACACAUACCCAUACCUGCUUCCGAACCUGUUCAGCGCCUGCGCCGUUUUCAUGGGCCUCUUCGCCGGUAUCUUUUUUCUCGAGGAGACUCACCCCGUCAAGAAGCACGAGAUCGAUCGUGGCCUCAUUCUUGGCCAGAAGAUCGCCGCCCGUUUGUCAUGGAGGAAAGAGUCUACCAAAGGCAAGAAGCUUCGGAUGCUAGCCGAGGAGGAGCCGCUUAUCGAUGCCGAUGACCAGCUUCCUGGCUACCAGACCACUGAGGCGUCGCCCAGCCUUGUUUCCCGCGACAGUGAUGUAAACCUGCGGGACGUGGGAACUCUCGAUUCCCUUGAUCUGGAUGCGACGACCAAUCCCACCAAGCCUGCCGAGACCCUGUCGACAUCAAGCAUCUUCACGCGACCCAUCAUCCUCAACACGAUGUCGUUUGGCAUCCUUGCUUUCCACACAAUGACGUUCGACCAGCUUCUGCCAGUCUUCCUCAGCACGGCACCGCCCACCGGCAGCGAUAUCGAUCUUCCCUUCAAGUUCUCUGGUGGCUUUGGCUUCGACAACCAGACGGUUGGCAUCGUCAUGGCUGUGCAGGGCUUCUACUCGCUCUUGUCCAACACCUUCCUGUUCCCAUGGGUCAUUGGUCGAAUUGGGCCCCUGCGUCUCUUCCAGCUUGUCGCCAUCCCGUACUUCACGCUGUACUUGGUCACGCCUUACCUUGUCCUGCUUCCCGACAGCAUUCGCAUGGCCAUGGUAUACCUUGUCAUCAUCUGGAAAUGCACCUUUUCGACCCUGGCGUACCCGAGCAAUGCCCUCAUUACUAUGCACCUUGCGCCCAAUCCUCUUCAGCUGGGAACAGUAAACGGCGUCUCUGCGUCAGCCGCCAGCCUCUGCCGUGCUUUUGGUCCGACUAUUUCGGGAUUCCUGUACGCUGUCGGCCAGGAGUCUGGCUUCUCGAGCUUGCCAUGGUGGUGCGCAAGCAGUGUCGCGAUCAUGGGAGCAUUCGUAGCGAUGCAGUUGACAAUGCCCGCAGAGAAGCUGAUGGAGGAGAAGACGGACGAUGUCGAGACCGCCCUCCCGCUGCUUCAACCAGUCGCGGGCCCGGUGGGUGUCACCGCUCUCCUUGAUGAGGAGGACUGA